AUGGAGACUGCUCUAAAGGAAACCUAUGACAAGUUAAAUAACAUCCAGCUUAAAGAUGAGCCUGGUUUGAAAAAUGAUCUGGCUUCUAGUGUGAAAGGAGAAACUUCAGACACAAAAGAGAAUGUAAAUCCCCGUAAAGGAAGUCAGGAUGACUUGGGACACGAUGAUCAAGUUAAGUUUAAUCGCCUGGUCACUAAGGCAUCUCAGCUGGCUGCAGAUGGUCAGGUGAGGAUGGCCCUGGAACUUAACAAGCGGGCUCUGAAGAUACACCAUAAAGACAAACUAGUUCGGCGUAUACAAAAGAUGGAGGCAUACCUUGAGGAGUAUGGUGAUGAAGAAGAGGAGGAAUCUUCAGAAGAAGAGGAUAAUGGGAUGGUCCUAGUAGGGAAUGAGUUCUACUUGUACAAAGACUUGUACAAUAAACUGUACGACCACCAGAAAGCGGGCGUACUGUGGCUGUGGUCACUAAAUAAGAAACGCAAGGGUGGUAUCCUUGGUGAUGACAUGGGCUUGGGUAAGACUAUACAGGUGAUAGCAUUCCUGUCAGGACUAUUUGAUAUGGACAAAGUCCACUCUGUUCUCAUUGUGAUGCCAGUGUCCCUAAUAAGUAACUGGGAGAAGGAAUUUAAGAAAUGGGCCCCUGGUAUAAGAGUGACACUGUUCCAUGGCAGUAGUAAACGAGAGAAGGAGCGUGCCCUGACUAAGGUUCAGCGGCGUGGAGGGGUGUGUCUCACAUCAUAUGGUCUAGUGGUCACCAGCUUUGAGCAGCUCAGUCAGAAGGAAGGUCGGGAUUUUGAAUGGGAUUAUAUGAUAUUGGAUGAAGGUCAUAAGAUCAAGAAUCCUACUAAAACCACAAAGGGAGUUCAUGCUAUUGGUGCCAAGAACCGGAUUGUACUGACAGGGACUCCUGUACAGAACAACCUGAAGGAGUUGUGGGCCCUGUUUGAUUUUGUCCACAAGGGGGCAUUGUUGGGAACAGCAAGAACCUUCAAAAUGGAGUAUGAUACUCCCAUUACAAGGGCAAGAGAGCGAGAUGCUACAGCAGGUGAAAGACAUCUAGGGAUGAUGAUGGCAGACAGCUUGAAAAAUAUAAUUGCACCAUAUUUUCUGCGACGAACGAAGGCUGAAGUGGCUAAAAAGGAACGAAACCUUGAUGAUAACACGGUCGAAGGGGAAGAAAAUGGCCAGGAACAGAAACAAAUCAAGAUGCCUACGAUGACAAGGAAGAAUGACUUCAUUGUGUGGCUGUUCCUUACCCGGACUCAGCAGCAGAUAUACCAAGACUUCCUGUCACUGGACUCUGUCAAGGAGCUGCUUAUGACGAAGAAAUCACCCCUGGUAGCACUGACUGUACUGAAAAAGAUAACUGAUCACCCUCGUCUUCUAACAAAAAGAGCAUGUGCCCAGCUUGGACUGGAUGGAGAGGAUGCGAUGGAUAACUCUCUUUUGGAGUCAGAGGAAGGAUUGAGCAGUGCUGCCACAGAGAUCCACAACAUCGAUGACAGUACACUCAUCAAUGAGUCCGGUAAACUCAUCUUUAUCAUCCAGCUGCUUACCCAGCUUAAAGCAGAGGGACACCGCACCCUUAUCUUCUCGCAGUCACGAAAGAUACUAGACAUCAUAGAAAAAGUCACCACAAACAGGGGUCAUAAGGUGAUGAGAUUAGACGGCACAGUGAUUCACAUAAGUGAGCGAGACCAGAGGAUACACAAGUUCCAGACUGAUACCAGUUACACACUUUUCUUACUUACCACACAGGUCGGUGGUGUGGGACUGACGCUAACAGCAGCAGAUCGUGUGAUCAUCUUUGAUCCAAGUUGGAAUCCGGCAACAGAUGCUCAGGCUGUAGACAGGGUAUUCCGUAUUGGUCAGGACAAAAAUGUGGUCAUCUAUCGCCUCAUUACAUGUGGUACAGUGGAGGAGAAAAUCUAUAGACGACAGGUGUUCAAAGAUUCCAUCACACGCCAGACAACAGGCAACACCAAAAACCCAUACAGAUACUUCACAAAGCAGGAGUUAAGGGAACUGUUUAUCCUGGACAAUCCUCGUCACUCUAAGACCCAGGUCCAGUUACAGGAGAUGCACCGUGGAAGUCGUAUCUCUGACACCUCUCUAGAUGCUCACAUUGCAUUCCUUCACUCUCUUGAUCUGUUUGGACUCAGUGACCAUGACCUGAUGUUUAAUAAGGAGAGUGAAUCUAUGGAUGACCAGCUGGAAGACCAGGAGGAACCAGUGUCAAAGGCUCACCUGGGAGGGAAUGACUAUAUACAGCACAGAGUUCAGAAAGCACAACAGCUGUUGCAAAUGGAGUCAGAGCUUGGAGAGGGAUCAACUCUUGAGGAACGUUUCUCAAAAUAUCCAAGACCUGCAACAAGCAGAGAACUGCCCGAGUUUAAGUUUGGACCAAGUGAAAUACCAGCCUUUCCCUUGCCAGAAGAGGAGGCACCUGAGAGAAAGUAUAAAGUGGAGCCUGAGAGUGUUGAGUUGACAACAGUUGAGUCACAUGAUCAGUCAGGUGGUAGUGGUGGUGAUAGUGAUGACCCUAUCAUCUUGGAUACUUCUGCUGAUGACCCUGAGGUCAAGGACAUUGAAGAGAAGAUAGCUGACUUAUCUAUACAGAUUACUGAGCCUCCAGAGGAGGAACAUGAAGUGGUGGAGAUUGAUUCGGAUGAUGAAGAGAAUCCAGCCAUUCAGAAUGGAAAUUAUUCAGAUAAUGAGAAAUGGUCAGGAGAUAGAAACAAGGACAGUUAUAUAGCUGUUAAGGAGGAAGUAGAUAUUAAACAGGAAGUUGACAUAUCAGACAACACCCACAUACAACAAAGCAGCAGCAUCAAUUUAAUGGAUGAUUCUGUAACACAAACACCUAGUGAAAAAUCUUUGGAUAAAAAUGGAAUGAGAGAGACAAUAACUCCCAACAAUCAUGGUAGCACAACCCCUAGUAGUUUAAAAAAGAAAACCCCUGUAACUAUGGCAAUGACAACACCCAAAGGAAAAAAUAACAAGAGAAAGAGCGUAUCACACAGUCCCUGGUUGUCACGGACACCAAAGUCAAGUAAAUAUAGUCCAGUUGUCGACGAGGAGAUAUUCAUAUCGCCAGAUGCAUCACGCCCCAUUGUUAAGGUGGAGCCAAAACCCUUGUCUUCAUUAUUUAGAAACACAUCAGAUCCAAACACCCCGAAAGUACGUAAACAAAUAUCACUAAAUACCACCAUCUUCUCGGCUUUCUCCACAGAGAGUCCUGAUGUACAGAAUAAUUCUUAUAGUUCAAGUUCAUCUGAUCAAGGAACAUCACCCAAAUUAUCAAGUCUAGAUAAGGGAGGGAAGAAUGAUCUUUACAUGACUUUUGUUGGAGAUUCUCCGGUGGAUCAGAAACCCACAAAGUCAAACUUACACACAGCAGUUGUGGUGAAUUCUAGUGAGGAUGAACAGGAGUUGUCUAUAGAUGACACACCAGAUCUAAGAAACUCUAUAGAAAAUUCCUAUCUAGGUCAGGCAGCAGUAGUGGUGGAGUCAGACAAGGAUGACUCUGAUCACAACAUUUCUACAGAAAGUCCCUUACCAACGAUGACAAGACAGAAAAAGGUGCGAAAAGCUGUGAUAGAAAGUUCUGAUGAAGAAAGGACUGAUGAGAAAUAUUCGGAAGAUUCAGGUGAUAUUGACGCUAGAGAGACUUCAAACAAACAUUCUACAAAAAAAGUGAUUGAAAGUUCAGAUGAAGAUGAAAAUGUUGAGGAUCGUGAAGAUGAUAGCUUAUCUGAAGAAAAUUAUACCUCAAGUAGAGAACCAAAGGAAAUCCAUGAUGUCUUAAGGGAUGAAAGCUCUGAUGAUGAAAAUACAGAAACACAACAUAAAAAGUCUGUUAAAUGGAAUGAAGAUGAAGAAACUGAUGAAAGUGAAGCAGAGGACUCCGACUUAAGUGGUUUUAUCAAUGAUGAAGAAGAGGAAAGUGGAGAUGAAAGUGACUACAGUGAGGAAGUUGAGACAAGUGAAGAAGAGGAGGACAGAAGUACAAAGUCUCAGAAGUCAGAGUUUGACAGACUUCCAGAAGAUAUGAAGACAAUGUAUAAAGAGCUUAUCAACUCGGGCAGAUCACUUUUGAAAUCUGGUAAAUAUGAAGAGGCUUUGGCAAAUGUACUACAAGCAAUUGAGAUCUGUCCUGAACCUUCAACACAAGCUCUCGCGCUCACCAUUCACAGGGCAAUGGAUGUGUGAAAUCUGUAUGUAAACUAGCCCUUGAGAUCUGUCCUGAACCUUCAACACAAGCUCUCGCGCUCACCAUUCACAGGGCAAUGGAUGUGUGAAAUCUGUAUGUAAACUAGCCCUUGAGAUCUGUCCUGAACCUUCAACACAAGCUCUCGCGCUCACCAUUCACAGGGAAAUGGAUGUGUGAAAUCUGUAUGUAAACUAGCCCUUGAGAU